UUAUUUUGAUGAAAUGGAUCAUGAAUUUGAAAGCUUAUCCAUUGAUACAAUUGAACUUUUCAACGUUUGUGAGGAAAUAGAAAGAAAUGAUUUAAAUCACCCAUUUUAUGAUCAAAGAAUGAUGGUGCUAUGUGAUGAAUUCGAUGGGAAACUGGUUGAUCAAAUGGGUCGUGGAACUAAAAGGAAAGCAGCUGUUGAUAUUAACUCUGCUGACAUCAAAAGAAUAAAAUCUGGAUCGAACAUGGAUCUUUCACGGUCUUCACAAGAGCAAUCAACAUCGAAUGAAGGUAAUAAUUUUAACAUGAAAUUUUGCUGUAUUUGUAAUAGAAAUGUUUCCAAAAAAUAUUUCGCUAAUCAUCUAAGGAGCAAUGCACAUAAAAAUAAUGUAAAUAAAAAACAACAUUCAAUAAAACCCAAUGUUAAGAUAAUUGAGACUGCGUUCGGUAAUAGAAUAAUAACCUAUAGAGUAACUUCAGAAAAUCAAAAUGAUUUACAGUUUGAGACACCAGAGUUAUUUCUUGCAUCUGUCAAAGAUACAAUAUUUACAAUAAUAAAUAAAUCUAUAGAAGAUCAUACAAUUUUAAAAAUAAAUUUCAUUUUAUAUGGUGACUUUGUUCAGGAGACAAAAAACAUUAACAACACUUUUGAUUUCCAAUCAAUGAAUUUUAUUGUUUGUAUUGGUGAUGAUUUAAAUAUAUUUUAUACAACUCUCACGAAAUCUCUAAUAAACUAUAUAAAUUCAUUCGAGAGAAAAGAUAGUGGGUGGAGUCUGAAAAAAAUUUUACAUUUGGAUAUGAAUUUAAAUCAAUUUAACCCUUUAAGAGGAAAAUCCUUUAUUGAGUUACCACAUGAUAUAAAAAUAAAAAAAGCUGUGAUAAAUGUUAAAAACACUGAUGACGCCUGUUUUAAGUGGGCACUGUUAUCUGCUUUAUUUCCAAUUCAUAAAAAUUCGGAUAGAGUAUCAUCAUACACCAAAUACAGUCAUAAAUUAAAGUUCGGUAAUAUUAAAUUUCCAGUCAAAUUAAAGGAUAUACACAAAAUUGAAAGUCUUAAUAAUGUAAGCAUUAAUGUUUUUGGGUUAGAAUAUAAUGAACAAAGAAAAAAGCAUUGUAUUGUUGGGCCAUUGUAUUUUACAAAGAAUAAAAUGCAGACUCAUAUAAAUUUACUAUAUUUGACACAGGGUAAAAUCGGUCAUUAUUGUUAUAUAAAAAAUAUGUCACGAUUAAUAAGUAGUCAAGUUUCGAAAUCCAAGGAAGCUAUAUAUCUAUGUGACUUUUGUUUACAAUAUUUUUCAACAUGUGAACGUUUAAAUAACCAUCAAAAAAAUGAUUGCAGACAUAUUUGUACACAAAUACCAAGCGUAGAUAAAAAUAAAAAAAAUUGGUGGGGCGAUAUUGUAUCUGAAAAUAAAUUAAGUUUUGAUAAAUUUCAACGUAAAUUGAUGUUACCUUUUGUUAUAUAUGCGGAUUUUGAGGCUUUUUUAAGUCCCUUAGCAUCAUGUUCAAACGAUCCUUCAAAAUCACAUACAAUAAAUGUACAAAAACAUAAUGUGUAUAGUUUUGGGUACUACAUUAAAUGCUCAUACGAUGAUAAAUUGUCUAAAUAUGUAACAUAUACUGGUGAAAACUGUGCUUUAAAAUUUAUGGAAACCCUGAAAGAUAAUUUGACAACAAUUGUUAAAAAAAUUGGUUUCCAAAAAGUUGCUAAUAAAAUAUCACCAAUUCAGCAAGAUAUAGUUAGCAAAUCUAUUCAUUGUUAUAUUUGUAAUAAAAUUUUGUGUGGGAAUUCAAUGAUUUACCACGAUUGGUUUACUGGGGAAUUUGUUGGGGUCAUACAUAAAGUUUGUUCAGAAAAAUUUAGAGUACCUUACACUAUACCAGUCUUCUUGCACAAUUUAAGCCAUUAUGAUGCACAUUUUAUCGUACAUGCCUUAAACUUUGAUGAAGGUCAGGUAGAAGUUCUCCCACAAAACAAAGAAAAAUACAUAUCAUUUUCAAAGGUUCUUAAAAUCAAUAACAGUAAUGUAACUUUACGUUUUGUGGAUUCCCUAAAAUUUUUACCCAGUAGCUUAGAUACUUUAGCAAAAAAUUUAACAAAAAAUAAUUUUAAUGAAUUAUCAAAAUGCUUUCCCAAUUCAGAAGACUUUAAACGGCUGACUAAAAAAGGUGUAUUUCCAUAUGAAUUUAUUAAAGAUUUUGAUACAUUAAACUACAAUCAACUUCCAGAUCUUCCACACUUUUACAGUAGUCUCACAGAUUCCAUUAUUUCUAAUGAAGAUUACAACCAUGCCAAAGAUGUUUGGAAUCAUUUCAAUUGUAAAAAUAUGUUGGAUUAUUCAAAUCUUUAUUUAAAAACUGAUGUUUUAUUGUUAGCAGAUAUUUUUGAAAAUUUUAGGCGUGUUUGCAUUAAAACGUACGAUUUAGACCCGGCUCAUUACUAUACAGCACCUGGAUUAAGUUGGGAUGCUAUGUUAAAACAUACUAAAACAGAGAUUGAAUUACUUUCUGAUAUAGAUAUGAUUGCUUUUAUUAAAUCAGGAAUUCGUGGUGGUGUUUCGCAAUGUAGCACUCGCUAUGCAAAAGCAAAUAAUGUUUACAUGUCUGACUAUAAUGCGAAAGAUAAAGAGUCAUUCUUAAUGUAUUUCGAUGCCAAUAAUCUAUAUGGUUGGGCAAUGUCACAAUAUCUACCUACAGGUGGUUUUGAGUGGGUUAGUGCUGAUACAGAUUUUAAUGUUAGUUGUUCAUCAGAUAUAGGUUUUAUCUUAGAAGUAGAUCUGGAGUAUCCGGUGGAUUUACAUGAUAAACAUUCAGAUUUACCUCUUUGUCCAGAAAAUAUACCAGUUGGGGACGCUAAGGAAAUUAGAUUGAUUCCAAACUUAAAAAAUAAAUCCAAAUAUAUUAUUCAUUAUCGAAAUUUAAUUCAAUGUUUGAAAAUGGGUUUAAAAUUAUUAAAAGUUUAUAGAAUAUUAAAAUUUAAGCAGAGUCCAUGGUUAAAGAACUAUAUAGACCUUAAUACACAAUUAAGAACUCGAGCUAAUUCUGAUUUUGAGAAAGAUUUCUAUAAACUCAUGAACAACGCAGUUUUUGGUAAGACUAUGGAAAAUAUUGAGAAACGAGUUAACGUUAAACUGUUAACCCACUGGGAAAAUAGGGGCAAAGUAUUGGGGGCUGGGGAUCUAAUUGCUCAACCACAUUUUCACAGUGUUUCAAUAUUUUCUGAUAGUCUUGUUGCAAUUCAAUUAAACAAAAUGAAAUUAAUUUAUAAUAAACCUAUUUAUCUCGGAUUUUGUAUAUUAGAUAUAUCUAAAACGCUGAUGUAUGAUUUCCACUAUAAUUACAUGAAAGAGAAAUUUACUUCAAAUCUGAAACUACUGUAUACAGAUACUGACAGUCUCAUUUAUCAAAUAUUUACUAGUAACUUUUAUAAUGAUAUAAAGCCAGACAUUUGUACACAUUUCGAUACAUCAGAUUAUAAUCCAAACAAUGUUUUUAAUUUUCCUCAAGUAAAUAAGAAAAAAUUAGGUUAUUUCAAAGAUGAAAAUUGUGGUAAAAUCUUUACAGAAUUUGUGGGUUUGCGAUCAAAAAUGUAUGCAUUACAGGUAGAUGAUAAAAUUAUUACUAAGGCGAAGGGUGUUAACAAAUCUGUCACUAAAAAAUUAACGUUGGAUAAUUAUAAGUCAUGUUUGUUUAAUAAAAACGUACAGCAUUGUAAAAUGUAUCGGUUUAGAUCAUUAAAACAUACAAUUUUUACACAGGAAAUAAAUAAGGUGUGUUUAUCUUUUAAUGACACAAAGCGGUACAUUUUACCAAACAAAAUCGAUACGUUACCUAUAGGUCAUUACCAAAUCAAUAGUAUGUAAUUAAGUAUUGUAAAUAUAACAAAUUGUAAAUUUUUAUGUAAAAUAAAUUUGUUUUGUACAUGUAUAAUGUAUAAAC